ACUAUCCUGCCUACCCUCUCUCCCUCUUAAUAUUCUCAGUCCUCUAGAUAAUUCAAUUCCUCGCUACAAAACAAUCAUACACGGAAAAAUAUAUAUCCAAAAUCCAUUUAAUUAUACUUAGGAAUAAAAAACACAGAAUAACAGAAAGCAGCAGAGAAUCCAUGGAAGAAGCAUCGUCUCAUGAAAUCACAUCCCCUCUCAUUCCUGAGGAAGAUAAAAAACAUGGCGACUUCCAUGGCCAAUCAUCAUCUUUCCAAUCAACAGAUGAAGAAAAUUCACCAGUCGAACAAGUAGCUCUAACUGUGCCGACCACAGACGAUCCAUCCCUCCCAGUCUUAACGUUCCGAAUGUGGGUCCUAGGCACUCUCUCCUGCGUCCUCCUCUCCUUUCUCAACCAGUUCUUCUGGUACAGAACUGAGCCCCUCACCAUCACCGCAAUCUCCGCCCAGAUCGCAGUGGUGCCUCUGGGGCAGCUCAUGGCUUCCAAAAUCACCAACCGUGUCUUCUUCAAAGGGUCCCGCUGGGAAUUUACCCUCAACCCUGGCCCUUUCAACGUUAAGGAGCAUGUUCUAAUUACCAUCUUCGCCAACUCCGGCGCCGGCACCGUCUAUGCCAUCCAUAUUGUUACCGCGGUUAAAGUUUUUUACAAGAAGCACAUCACCUUCUUCGUGUCCUUGCUUGUCAUCUUAACAACUCAGGUAUUAGGGUUUGGUUGGGCUGGGAUUUUCAGAAGGUACUUGGUUGAGCCAGCUGCUAUGUGGUGGCCAGCAAACCUGGUUCAAGUUUCACUGUUCCGGGCUCUCCAUGAGAAAGAAGUAAGGCACAAGGGUGGGUUGACACGUACACAGUUCUUCCUAAUAGCAUUCAUGUGCAGCUUUGCCUACUAUGUUUUCCCAGGCUACCUCUUUCAGAUGCUAACCUCCCUCUCAUGGAUAUGUUGGAUUUUCCCCACCAAUGUCUUGGCCCAACAGCUCGGCUCAGGUCUUCAUGGGCUUGGAAUUGGAGCUGUUGGGGUUGACUGGUCAACCAUCUCCGCCUAUCUUGGAAGCCCACUAGCAAGCCCAUGGUUUGCCACAGCCAACGUGGCUGCUGGUUUCUUCUUUGUCAUGUACAUAUUGACUCCCCUUUCUUACUGGUUCAAUAUCUACAAAGCCAAAACCUUCCCUAUUUUCUCGAACUCAAUGUUCACAUCGGAUGGUCAAGAAUACAACAUAACAGCCAUCAUCGACUCCAAUUUCCACCUUGAUUAUGAUGCCUACGAACAGGAAGGUCAUCUUUACAUUAGCAUAAUUUUCACCAUAACUUACGGUGUUAGCUUUGCUGCACUUACCGCCACAAUUGUACAUGUUGCUCUAUUUCAUGGAAGGGAAAUAUGGGAGCAAAGCAAAGCAAGUUUCAAGGAGAAGAAAAUGGACAUACACACAAGGUUGAUGCAGAGGUACAACCAAGUGCCUGAGUGGUGGUUUGUAGUCAUACUUUUGGCCAACAUUGCACUCACUAUAUUUACCUGCCAAUAUUACAAUGACCAACUUCAGUUGCCUUGGUGGGGGGUUUUACUAGCUUGUGGUAUUGCCAUUUUCUUCACCCUCCCAAUUGGGAUUAUCACUGCCAUUACAAAUCAGGGACCAGGUUUGAACGUCAUUACUGAAUACAUAAUUGGGUACAUCUACCCAGGAUACCCAGUUGCUAAUAUGUGCUUCAAGGUUUAUGGCUACAUAAGUAUGUCACAAGCCGUCACAUUUUUGCAAGACUUCAAGCUUGGCCAUUACAUGAAAAUUCCUCCAAGAACUAUGUUCAUGGCUCAGGUUGUGGGAACCCUAAUAGCAGCCAUAGUCUACUUAAGCACAGCUUGGUGGCUAAUGGAAACCAUCCCAGACAUAUGUGAGGACACGACAUCAGUGUGGACUUGCCCGGGCGACACAGUGUUUUAUGAUGCCUCAGUCAUAUGGGGAUUGAUUGGUCCUAGAAGAAUAUUUGGUGACUUAGGCAGGUAUGAGGCAGUCAACUGGUUCUUCCUAGUUGGUGCAAUUGCCCCCAUUUUUGUAUGGCUAGCUGUUAAGGCCUUCCCACGACAAGAGUGGAUUGGGCUCAUCAACAUGCCGGUCCUCAUGGGAGCGACAAGCUCAAUGCCACCAGCUACGGCGGUGAACUACACUUCUUGGAUCAUUUUAGGGUUUUUGUCUGGUUUUGUAGUGUAUAGGUAUAGGCCAAAUUGGUGGAAGCGGCACAAUUAUGUUCUAUCUGGGGCACUUGACGCAGGACUUGCCUUCAUGGGGGUACUUUUGUAUUUUAGUUUGGGGUUGGAGGACAUUAGUCUUAGCUGGUGGGGGAAUGACCUUGAUGGUUGUCCCCUGGCUACUUGCCCUACGGCCAAGGGAGUGGUUGUGGAGGGUUGCCCUAUUUACACAUAAAAGAAAUUGUAAAUUGUAUAUAUAAGUCAUUUUUGUUUCUUUCUUAAAUAAUUGCAUCAGUUGGAUAGAAAAUGAUCAAUAAUUUUAAUCGAUUGUUUAUA